AUGGAUCCAGUCGAAAGUUCAAUAAUUAAAACUGGUGUUAGUAGUAGCAAUAGUGAUAAUAAGAGGAGUUCUACCCAAAAUUCAACUAUUAACGAACAGGAGCAACCUUCAGCACGAAGAACGGGAGCCUUUACAAGGAAACGAAGAAGUACUCAAAGUAAUGGAGAUGGUUCUAGUUCUUCCACAAAACAGACGUUCACUACUGCUAUAAAUCAGAUCUUGCAUAGGCGCGCAUCGAUUUCUUCACAGAGACCAAAAGAUUUAAUUGCAGAAAUAAAUACCAGUAAAAUAGAUAAUAAUAAAACACGAAAUACUUCUCCCCCAAGUCCAAUUUCCGUUAAUGCGUCGAUUCAACAACAAAAUCAACCUUUACCUUCUCAUUCAACACAGCACCAACCAACUUUUCAGCGAUUAUUACGAAAGAAAAGUUUUCGUGCUUCCGGACAAUUUUCUCCAGUUUCCCCCUCUCAAGCCUCCUUUCCAUUAUCGCCAACAGUUGAGGAAGGUCCUUCUAGAGAACAAAAGUUAUUAUUUCACCAAACAAAGGACGAUAAAAUGGAAAAACUAUUAAAAAAGGCAAAAAUUUUUUUGGAUAUAAAGCAAAGACCUAAAGCCAGAAUUGCAUCAUUAUGGAGUGUUAUAGAUGUUGCGAAUGAAUUGGAUCAGGCACAAUUUUUUCAACAAAAUUCUGGAGACGUUUUCGAUGUAGUUUAUAGUUCAUUUAUGAGUCAAGUGGAUAAAAUAAAACAGAAACCGGAUAGAUCCACGCCUUUUACAUCAAAAGAAUUUUUAAAUUUAAAUAAGAUUUUACUUUUAUUACGUAAAAUAUUUUUAUUUUUGCCUGAUAAAAUAAGGGUUGGAUGGCAAAGAAAACAAAUAGCCGAAAUAUUGUCAGUUUUACUUGAUCAUGGAAAUCAUCCUCGAGUUCGAAAACAAGGAUUUCAGCUUUUGUUAUUAUGGAUAAAUGAUCAAACAAUAGAAUUAGAUGAAUGCAUGUACUUAUAUUCAAAUGCCAUUUCAUUGGAUUUAUUUUUAUGUGAUCAAAUGAAGAAUAUAGGCGAAGAAUCGUGUAACUCAAAGGACAAUGUAUGGAGGAAAAGUCAUAUUCCUAUUGCUCUAGGACAAGAAUUAAUACGAGGUGAUCAUCGGGGUCCUUUAUUUCCAAAUCCACAUUCAUCGACAUUUAAUGAUGCGGUAAAUUUAAUUCAAGUAAAUGUAGGUAAUCUAGUUAGAUUAGCUCAUGUUGCAGCUGGAUCAAUACCACCAUCAGAGAAUUAUGAAUUUCCUGCAAUAGAAAGUAUUGAACCUGAUAAUGGGAUUGCUAUAGGAAUGGGAAUUGAUGCGGCAUUAGCUGCUGCAAAGUUUCAUUUUGAAUUAGUAAAGAAACAAUAUCUUGUGAAAAUUUUCCCUCAAUGUGCUAAAUGUCUUGGAUUAUUACCCGAAAAUCAAGAAGAUGGGUUUCAAAAAUGUCCACCAGCAAUACUUAGAGCUUUAAUUACAUUUUUUAUUCAUCAUUGUCUUGAUAAUCAUAGAAUGUCCGACAAUAUUUCUUCAUAUCCUUCACCAGCUACACCUAUAUUAAAAUCUAUAGUAUUAGGUCCCGAGAAUCGUGAAUUUGCACAUGAAAUUGUGAGACAAUCUUUGAUGUUACCAGCUGGUAGCCCUCUUUAUAAAGAUAUUGUUAGAGGUGCUGUUCAUAUAGUGGGUGUUUGGAUUCUAAGUGGGGAAGAAGAAAGGCCAGCGUACUUACGUAAGUCCCUUCAAAAUCUACCCUCACCAAUUAGUCAAAAUGAUGCAUCAACAACACCAGCUUCAACACCAUUAUCAGCUUCAUCAUUUACAAGUUCAUAUUCAGAUGCAAAUGUAUAUCUUAGAAGGUAUAUCGAAUUAUUAAAUUUGGUAUUUGAGGAUCAUUCGUUCUUAACGAUUGAUGGAGGAAUGACAAAUAUUGAAGUGGAAGCACAAGUUUCUAUUUAUCGAGAUGUUUUGUCUUUGUAUCGUUCGAUUAUGACCGAAGGCUCGAUUGAAUUAGAAUUAGAAACCUGGGGAACAAUACUUAGAUCACUUUUGGACAUUCAGAAAAGGAUUAUGAAUCAAACUGAUAAGUAUGCUCUGAUUCCUUCUGUAGCUUUGGCCGAUGAUUUAGCUGAUUACUUGAUCGAAACAAUAUUAUACGCGUUUUCUCGGUCAAAAAUUCCAGUUCCAGAAUUAUGGGGUGAACUGAAAGUUCAAAUGAGUUUUAGUACGAGGUGGUCUCAAACUAUGACACAAUGGGCUAAAAUAAUGUUGCGUUUGUCAAAGAUUUUAUCAAAACAUGUACAUCAAGUUGAUCUUGAUCAAGUAGAAUUACAGAAACGUCUCUCAGUAAUGCCAUCAUCAGAACGUCAUCAUCAUCGCCGCAAACCUUCCAAAAAUCGUACAAAACAUCUUUCUUUAAAACAUAAAUCUUCAGGUAGCACUUCUUCACGUGAAGAUUUUGAUUUCUCACCAUCAGGAUUACCUAAAAAUGAAAGCGGUAAAUUUGGAAGACGAACUUUGAGUAUGCAUUCAGAUACGAAUCCAUUAGAUACUAAAUUGUUAGGUGUUAGUGGACCAAAUUUGUUGAAUAUUGUAAGUAAUGGAUCCAUACACUCUGUGACCUUGUCAAAUCGAACAUCCGUUUCAUCAAUAUUUUUCAUUCAGCCGAAUUUUAGUAAUGAAAAACUAUCGAUGUCCUUGGCUAAUUUCAGGAGUCCAGAUUUCAUUAACCUCGAUAUUUUACCUUGGACUUCUGAAACUUCGUUGUUAGUAUGGAGAAAUAUGCUUUGUGCUUUGGGCAAUUUAAACCACAUUCAGAUUAUUCCUCAUCACGCUGAAGCUAUUAAAUGUCUAGUGGAUAUGUUAGAUAUGUUUGGAAUGGUUUGCUAUAAUCAAUUCGGAAACGUUCCCUUCCCUUUAAUUUAUGAAUUUGUUCCUUGGCUUCUUGAGGCUUGCGACUUGCCAUUAGCCUUCGCACCUGGACGGGUAUUAGCUUAUGGAGGAUUAUGUAAGAUUAUGUCAUUUAGGCACCAUAAUGACUUCGAUGAUUCUUACUAUCAUCAUUUUUAUCGUGCUUUGUUGAAAGGGUUAUCUGAUUAUGACAAUUCUAUAAUUUAUGCGAUAAUUAAUAAUUCAGCAAAGUUAUUUUCUCAAUGUCUUCCAGGAAUUAAUAUUCUUUAUCAUUCUUUUAUUGAAUCGAUAAGAAAUUUAUUAUCAAAACAUAAUUCAAAGAGAGUUCCUGAAGGGACAAGACAAAACGCCAUUAUUAUACUCUAUUCACUUAUAUGUAUAGUAAAUCAAGUUCCAUCUGCAAAAGUUCCUCUUGUUCAAUAUAUGAAACUUGCUCAAAUUAAUGAAUUUGAUGAAUCAAGUUUCAGCUUAUUGAGUGAUGUAAGAUUGGCAUUAGGAGAAACAUUAAUAAAUUCACUAUCAACAGAAACUUCAAUAAAACAUAGCGAAACGCAUAAUAUGUUAUUAUAUGGCAUUUGCACAUUCGCAUUUGAUGAACUUACUACAACAAGGCCAGAUAAGACUAUCAUUAAAGAAUGUUUCCAAGUGCUAUUGGACCAGUUAUAUUGGAGUCAUUUGCCUGUAGUAUCAGCAGCUACAGAUUGCUUAACUACAUUUGCACAAAAUUCUUCAAUUUGGUUUGAGGAUGAAGAAAUAUACGGAAUGAUACUCCAAGAUGUUUUUGCUAAUUUAAUUGGAGCUCUGAAUGAACAUAUAACAAUACAGAAAGCAACCGUGAGAAACGGGAGAGGAUUCAUAAUAGCUAAGCUAUUUUAUUGCCUUAUUGAGUGGUUGAUGGUAAUUCCUUCGACCAUUUUCACAGGCACUGAUCUAGGUCAAAAUGUUUUUGAUGUGAUAGAUUUGGCAUUUGAAAAUCGUGGGGUAGAAUCAUUAAAUUAUUACAAAAAAGUUUAUCCUGCUCCGCUUAGGAAUCAAGGAAAGGAAACUUUCUUUAGAUUUAAAAAAUCAACGCGUAAAGUUUCGUUAGGAAUGAAUCAUGUUGUUGGUGUUGAAAAUAAUGUUGAAGAUGAGAAUUUUGUCAAGGAAGUUGCAGAAUGUAUAUUAUUACAUUUGACACAUCAUUUUAACAAUUUUGCUCCUAUUUAUGGUCCCGCAAUGAUAAAUAGUACUUUAACCGGUCCAUUAAGAACUGACACUAAAGAAGAAGAUUGCGCCGAACAUUAUCAAUAUUUUUCUUUUAAUGAUAAGACAAUAAUCACAAUAAUAGAGAUACCAGACAAUGACAGCUCAAUAUCGCGUUUGAUAAUUCGGGAUAUUACUGGUCGUUAUGCUUGGGAUACUAAACUUUUCUAUUUAGAUAAUCCUUAUUCAAACCAAAAUAGUAUUCCAAAGCAUUGUGAAAUUACAAAUUGUAUGGAACUGAGACCUGAUAUUAAAAUUGAACUAUCAUCGAGAAACAAGUCACCAGAUUCAAAUGCAUCUCCCAGGAGUAGAUUACGUAAUCGGACAAGUAAUUUCUUUAAGGAUAAAAAUAGAUUACCUGUUUGGACUGAAAACAGUAAUAAUGGACAUAUUAAUAUCGUAAGUGAACAUACACCACUAUCGAAAGGAACAUCAGAUUAUGGCUUCCAAACUGGAUUAUCGCAGCUUGAGAAAGAAUUGGAUAGACAUAUUCAAGAAGAAAUUCAUUAUCUCAAUUCUACCGGAGGUCAAGCAUCAUCUUGGUACGAAAAUAACAUGUCAUUACGAAAUAGUAUAAGUCAAGUUAUAGAUAAUAAAAGUAAUGGAACUAAAGUAUCUAAACGACUUACAAGGAACCUACUUUAUUCAAGAUCUACAUCACAUUUAUCUCUUGGAGCAGAUUUUUCAUUAUCAAAAUCAUUCUUACCCGUUAUACCACCAGAAGCAGAAAAACCUCAAGAACCUUAUCAACAAUGUCGAUUAUUUCAAAGUCAUUUUGGAUGGUUAAAUUCUGAUACAUUUAAAGAAGGUUCAAUAUGUGUAUUAAAUAAAGGACCAGCCUUAUAUCGAGACAUUCGAUUACUUGACAAAAAGCAUUCACGUGAAAGUAUAAAGGUUGGGUUGUUAUAUGUUGGGACAGGACAAGAAGAUGAGCAAUCUAUUUUACAAAAUACGAGUGGAAGCAAAGAAUAUGAAGAAUUUGUUACAAGUCUUGGAUGGGAAAUUGAUUUAGCCAAUCAUUCCGGAUAUCUUGGUGGAUUGGAAAAAAAUUCUACGAAUGGAACUACUUCGAUUUAUUAUUGUACUUCAACUUUGGAAAUAAUAUUUCACGAUGUAACAAGAAUGCCUACAGAUCCUACAGAUCCAAAGCAACUUCGAAAGAAACGACAUAUAGGGAAUGAUCAUGUACAUAUAAUAUGGAACGAACAUUAUCGAGAUUAUCGAAACUCCACAAUAGGGGGAGAUUUUGGUAACGCUCAAAUAAUCAUAUCACCGUUCUCCACAAAUACCGGAAAUCAAAGUACCAGUUUAUAUGCGGUAGACAUUUAUCGUGAUAAAAUUCCAUCAUUUGGACCUUUAUUAAGUGGAAUGGUUAUUUCAAAAAAUAUGUUGGGACCAUUGAUAUUAAUAUGA